AGUUGCUUCCCCACAUAUCCGGCGAAAAGUAAGAAAGAUGGCUACAGAGAGAUUCCAAACCUGUCGUCUUUGAUUAAUUAUUGUCAUUCUGGAUGGAAUAUAGCGAUAGUAUCACCCCYUCAAAAAUACAUCGUGACGGAAAAUAACCUUGUCACAGGUGGUCAUAGUGGCACGAGCUUGAAAGUCUCUCGUUACAAUCUAGUGUCCAUAGCAAGCUAGCUAACGUUAGUUGUGCUGCUAGCGUAGCCACACCGGCCAGCUGUCCUUCAAAUUCCUUGAUAGGGGGUUUUAAAACACAAAAUGGUGACUCCAGUCAACAUCCAAAACCCCAGUAAGACGUGGGAGCUGAGCUUGUAUGAGCUGCACAGGAGCCCACAGGAGGCGAUCAUGGACAGCACAGAGAUAGCAGUGUCCCCCAGGAGCCUCCACAGUGAGCUGAUGUGCCCCAUCUGUCUGGACAUGCUGAAGAACACCAUGACCACUAAGGAGUGCCUGCACCGCUUCUGCUCCGACUGCAUCGUCACUGCACUCCGAUCAGGGAACAAGGAAUGCCCCACGUGCCGAAAGAAGCUGGUGUCGAGACGCUCGUUGCGCCGUGACUCCAACUUCGACGCCCUCAUCUCAAAGAUCUACCCCAGCCGGGACGAGUACGAGGCCCACCAGGACCGGGUGCUGGAGAGACUCAACCGACUGCACAACAAGCAGGCCCUCAGCUCCAGCAUUGAGGAAGGGCUGCGCAUGCAGGCACUUCACAGACCCCCUAGAGCCCAGCGAGUGCGCAAACCGGCGCAGGAGAGCGACAACACAACCUUCAGCGGUGGCGAGGACAAUGGGGACACGCGGUCACACCUCUCCCACGACUCCGCUCCCUCCCAUGCGCCCCUCCCCCCGAGCCACACCCCCUCUGAGGCCGGGCACACCCGGAACCCCAAGCGGCCUAGAGAAUCGUACGGGUCGGUCCCGGAGGUGGAUGGGGGCAGCCCCACGCCACCAGUCCGCUGCCACAAAGAGAGCCCCGGCUCUGAGAUAGAGCUGGUGUUCCGCCCGCACCCCAUGCUGGUCAACACACAGGACUACAGCCAGACCAGAUAUGUGAAGACCACAGCCAAUGCAACAGUGGACCACCUGUCUAAGUACCUGGCUCUGCGUAUCGCUCUGGAGGACAGACAAAGAGACAGCCAAUCAGAUACAGGGACAGAGAAAGAGGGGGGUGCUAAAGGAGARGAAGCAGCAGCAGAAGGGGCCAGCCUGAAGAAUAUCAGUGAGAAACAAUACACCAUCUACAUUCCCACAUCAGGGGGCCAGUUCUCUACUCUCAACGGCUCCUUGACUCUGGAGCUGGUAAAUGAGAAGUACUGGAAGGUCAGAAAGCCUCUGGAGCUCUACUAUGCCCCCACCAAGGACCAACAGCCUCAACCAUCACAGCCUAAGUCCCCACAGCCCAAAGAGGGGUGAGGAGCACUCCCUCUGACCAUGCGUGUUAGAGAGACUAAGAGUUGUGUGCUGCGUGUAGCUGCUUCGAAGGUAGUCAUURGGAACAUUCCAUAGAUUGCCGGKCUCAACAUUCUGUUUUCAGUAGCUUCAAAUCAAACGAGUGUAAAGUUUAGAAUUCCUACAAAGCAGAUCUGAUUCAUCAUUGAUAAAAGGGUUGACUUAAUGCUGUCUGGACUGGCACACACCAGACAACAUACRUAGUCCAACCUUUCAAGUAUUGAUGCUKGGCAUUGCACCAAGACAGUUGAUACAUUUCAGAUCCGUGUGAGAAUUUUUCAUUGGAAGAUUAACCUUUGAGACUUGGGAUGACCAGAGGUCAUGAAGGAUUGAAUAUUAUGCAAGAAUACUGCAUUAGAUUUCUAUGGAAAUUUGAAAAUGUAAUAAGACAUGACUGAAUCACUGUUGCUUAUGGAGAACGUCAAGUAGUAACUGUCAGUGGAAUGCAUCCUGACCAUAGGGCUAGUUCCAUGACUUUUCUGAUUGAUGCACUUUGUUCUUCUGGCAUGGGUUCGCUUACCUCAGUGUUAUCUUUGUACAAUUAAAGCAAUAUCCCACUUGGAA